GCGGCGUGUGGGAUCUUGGACACCUGAAACAAGUCUACAGAUGGGGAGCAACCGUCUGUCUGUUUUUUACAGGGAAAGAAAUCUCCAUGGACGGACAAUACGAGCCGUUACCAUCACACCUGAGGACUUGAAUGGAACGCACACACUCGGAAAUAUCUGGCAACUACUCGAAGAAAAGUUGAAUUUCACGACAUCGCUGACCGUGUACAGUGGCCGGACGUGGGGCAGGCAGAAGAACGGCAACUGGACGGGUCUGAUAGGCGUGCUGCAGCGGGGUGAAGCCGACGUGGGGCUCAGCACCGCCUUGGUCACCCUCGAGCGCAGCCAAGCUGUUGACUUCUCUCUGCCACUUCUCUACUCGAGCUUCUGCGUGUACAUCCGCGAGCCGGGCAGCUUGGAGAUGGAGUGGAGCAACUUCGUGCAGCCGCUGAGCUCGUCGCUGUGGCUGGCGGUGGCGCUGUGCGUGCUGGCCUCGGCCGCCUACGUGUGGCUGCUCGGCCACGUCGCCGGCGCCUGCCUGCCCGCCGCCUACGAGCAACACUCGCUCACCAACGCCUUCUACCUCAUGUUCGGCGUCUUCUGUCAGCAGGGUCAUUCGCUGAACGGGCUGCACCCAGCCUGCCGGAUGGUGUACCUGUUCGCCUACCUCACUGCUGUCGUCGUGUACACGGCGUAUUGUGCUGCCAACAUUUCGUUCGUCGCCGUGGAUCGCACCCAGCUGCCCUUCACCGACCUGGCCGGUCUCCUGGCCGACGGCCGCUACAGACUCACAACACUCUCGGGGUCCGAUGUGCCAACUCUCUUCAAGACUUCGGCUGAACCAGUCUUAAGGACAAUUUACAAGAAGCUGAUAAAACCAAAUGAGGCUUCACUUCCGAAGACCCAGGAAGAUGGCCUGCAAGAGACGUGUAUGAAGCAUACAGCGUUCAUGAUGCCAUGCCAGUCAGCCAAAGCUCUGCUGUCCAAGAUUCACUGCAGCACACUGGCUCUCCCAUCUCGCUAUUUCAGAGUAGUGGGCGCUAUGGUCUUCCCGAAGAACAGCACACACCGCAGGAUAAUUAACCAGUAG